AUGCUGACAAAAGUAAUAAUCACUUUUUUAGAACCAAUUAAUAAAGUCUAUAGCUUUAUUGAACCUGAUACACUUGAACUUGGCAGGCGUCAAGGAUUUGUUGAUGAUAAAGCUCUUAAUGAAGUACAUGUGAAAUUUGAAGUUAAGAAUGGUCGAGUUUAUGCUACAUUGUUUGGAUCAAAUAUAAUGAUGCGUGGAUCUGAAAAGAUAUAUAAACACAAUAAAAUAGAAAUUUAUCAUGAUGACAUGUUAACUUUGAUGCAGGAAAAAUAUCCAUUUGUUGUAUCUAUUCUUCAAUUAGAAGAUCAACAUAAUGAUUCAUUAGACAGUUACAAUUAUGAAUUUGGUUCAUCCUUGUCAUCAGCUGGUCCAGCAACAUUGCUAGGAAAUCUUAAUUUAGGUUCUGGUACAGCUACAUUAUUACAAAAUCUUAAUUUAGGAGCUGUUGAUAAUAGUAAUUCUUAUGAUAGUGGUGAUGGUAACGGCAUUAGUGAUAACGGUGCAAUAAUACCAUUGGACGUUCCAUCAUUUUUAGUUGGAAGUGAUCAAGAUUCGUUAAUUACAGAUAAUACAAAAGAUUCAAAUAGCUCUUCUCUACAAACUGAUGAUGUUAAUUCUCAAUUAUCAUCUCAUUCGUUCAUAGAACAUCCUGCAUCAUCAUCGCAAGGAUCUUUUAGGCCACAACCUUUUUCUACUAAUAGCGUUAAUGUAAUGAAAGAAAUAAUAGAAGGAGAAGGUGGGGACGAUAAUGAAUACGAUGGAAAUACUAGUGAAGAAGAAAUAUCGAAUAAAAGGAAAAGAAAAAGGUUUACUGAUCAUGAUUUUGGUAGUGAAGAAGAAGAAGAGUUUUAUAUUUCAGAUGAAUCAUCUAAUCUAGGUAGUUCCUGCGAAUCUUCUUUUUCUUCUUCACCACAUGAGAAUGAGGGUGAUGAUAAACAAAAAAAGAAAAUAAUUAAAGUGAAAAAAAAGAUCGAAGAAAGUAAAAUUGGGGAGGAAACAACAGCAUUUAAUUCACCAAAACAUAAGAUAAUGGUGGAUGACGAAAUUGUUAAUGAUGUUGAAAGAGCAUAG